UUCAGAUAUACCUAUUUACUAGAAGUCAGUCAAGUAGAACUGAAAUUGCAGAUCAAGGUACUUUCUUAGAUGUCCGUCGAAAUCAAAUCUGUUAUUGGUUUGCUUUGUAAGCAGUUAAAUAUAAUUCUUAAUGUGAAUCUUAUACCAGAGUACUUCAGGUUAGCAAAAUUUGACAAAAACGAAGACAAUGUGAUUCCUGUUUUAUGGUCCACCCUAAAUCUGCUUACAACCAAACAGAGUCAGACUAAAGUAGAAGAGAUAAAAGACCACAUGAAAUCAUUAAAUUAUUCUUCCACACUAUUCUAUAUUCUUCCUGGGGACUUUUCUUCGGGAAGCAGAGAGCUACUAUUAGCUAUUGCGUUUAUUAUAGCUAAAGAUUUGUCAAAUUUGAUAAAUGAGGAAAUAAAACAGUCACCUUUCGACGAUUCAUUCAGUUUGAUAGAUUUAGAAGAUGUGGCGAUACAAAAGCCUGAAGUUCCUAAUAUGAUGGGUGAUACAGAUAUGAAAAAUUAUAUUAUGUGGCUAAAAGGCAGGACUCGACAAAACAAGAAGAUGACUAAAGAAUAUGAAACUCAAAUAACAAAAAUAUAUGAGAAGUUAAAUAGUCUACUUAACAAUAAAUCAAAUGGCAAAUUAUUAUUAAAUGAAGUUUUAGCUCUAAGUAGUAAGAAAUAUUGCAAAGAAUUUUUGGAAAAAUGUUCUCGUAUAAUGGAUUUAUUGGAGUGUUACCAAGAAUGGAAUCGAAAACAGAAAAUAUUUUGGAAGUGGAUGGCUAGCGUUCUUUACGAAAGAGAAACGGAAUAUUUAUGUUUGUAA